CUUAUCACUGGCACACUGAUUACAGAGUUAUUAUACAGGACGCCCUUUACACAGCUGCCAUGUUUGUGCUGUUACUUCUGUUGUCCCUGCUCCAAUAUGGGCCCGGGGACACAUUUGACCCUGGAUGUAGCUUCAUGAAUGGCCAGUGUCAGUACAGUGUCAAACUCGGUCACGAAGGUCAGUGCGACACUCACACCACUGUCGCCACCCCCGCCGGCGCUUCCUGCUGCGCCGCUGUACAAAAUGACGUCACGUUGAUGAAGGCGUCCAUGGCACUGAUGACGAAGAAGAUUGAAGAGCUUCAGAAUACGAAAGGAGUCCGGUCAACGUCUCCAUAUGGCGAUCUAAGCGUAGAACAACUUCAAAGAUUGUUGUUGGAAAAGGAAGAUGAACUGAGAAACAUCACGAAGCAAGCAUCAGAUGAAAUUAGGCUCCUACAGAGUGAGUUAGACACCUGCAGAAAACGUCCGGACUGUACCCGAAGUACCCCAAUGACGACUACAUCUACCACGACUGUCAAACCUGCGGUGAACUACAACCUGACCUUCUGUGACUUCGACAGCUCCAGCACCUGCGGCUACACCCAGGCCAGCAACAACACCGCCAAGUGGUACAGGGGCAGUGGGAGACCUAGCACAGUCACCGGACCUUGGAACGAUCAUACAAUUGGCACUCCUGACGGAAACUACAUGCACAUCGACCCUCAUCGAUCGGCAUUAUGGUACAAGAGGGAAACAUCCGCCCUGCUAGAGUCGCCUCUGUUCAAUCCAUCACCUGACUAUUGCGUCCAGUUCUGGUACAACAUGGCCGGACGGGAUAUACAGGAUCUCAACGUGUAUGCCAAAGUUGGCAGCGGCCUGGGCUACCCUGUGUGGACUAGAUCUGGUCAGGUGUCUGCCAAAUGGCAACUCGGAGAGAUUGACAUCGGCUCUGAGUACACUUCAAAACCAUUCCAUUUAGUAUUUGAAGGAACAUCGCGUAGUUAUUACGAACACGUCUUUGCGUCUGAUUCCAUUUACCACGACACCUAUGGAAACAUCGCCAUCGACGACAUUUACGUCUACAACACAACGUGUCAAAAUCUCCCUGACUGUCCCCCGGGUGCAUAUCGCCGAACAGGGAACGACAGUCGUUCCUGCUACACCUUCCACACCAAGCCCACUAGAUGGUCUUAUUGUCAAGAGGCAUGUAAAGAAGAGAACUCGGCUUCACAUUUGGUUGCCAUUGACUCUGAGGAAGAACAUAAGUUUCUGGCCAGCAUCAUCAAGAACGACCCAGCACUGACGGCAGCUGGUAGUUCCGGCUUCUUCACCUCAGGCAACGACGAGGAGACCGAGAACAAUUUCAGAUGGACAGGCAUGGAUAUACCUUACUCCAUUGGCUAUACCAACUGGUAUCCAGGGCAACCAAACAACGUAGGAUCCAAUCAGCAUUGCUUACUCAUGGAAUAUUCCAACGCAGACUACGAGUGGGGUGAUAACGAGUGUUCCAGCUCAUUCCCUUACAUCUGUGAAGUGGACUUGCCCUUGCCAUCAACAGCAACCACCACUUCAACAUGAGACAUCCCAGGCAUUGUCAUCAUUAAGUGAUGGUCCUUAUAAAUAAAAGAUGCAUUUACCAACAAUGAA